AUGCAGGGCUGUGUCAGAGACAUAGCCGAUGCCUUGGGCUUGGAUUGCAGAGUCCGGCUCUACGGGCUUUUGGCUCACCUGACUGGUAUCUCCCGGCAAGCGAUUGAACGGUGCUGCGACAAUUUGGUCGCGAGGCGUGGCAUUGCCCAGGAGCGAGUGCAGCGAGGCGGACGUAAGAGAAAGACACCGGAGUCAGCGUCGGGGCUUCCGGACAUCUCCGACUUUUUGCCAGAUGACAUUGUCCAGCGGCCCAUUCUGGAUGGAGCAGCGUCAAUGGACUCAGGGUCAGGAGCAGAGCUGGAUCCAGAUGUGGAAGAGGACAUGUUGGUGGGACAAUUGAUCCCAACUGGUGGUGCGGUGUCGCAGUCAGCAGAAGAUCCUCCUCCUGCAGGCAGCGCAACAUAUGCACCAGAGUCAUUGUUUUUGGGAGCACGACGAGUCACAAAGGAAGCUCUUCGACGAAGUCAGAUUGCUGGGUACAAGAGUCAGAGUCAAAGUGAACUGCAACCACUCUCGGUACUUGAUCCGGCAGCCAGGGAAUCUGUUGUGGGGCUUCGUCUCUGCUCGUUAGCGCUGCGGCUGGAGACCAGAGCUUUGGGGUCCAGAGAGUUUGAGUCUACAAUCGAUUGGCUCGACCUGUGGUUCCCAGGCCAACUCGGGCAGGCUCACCACAGCAGACGCUUCAUGGAUGAGCUCUUAGUGUCAGCCAAGCAAGCCCUGCAGUUCAGGAUCAGUGAGGACCUGCAGGUGUUGCUCCCAGCAUUGGGGUUGCCCAGCUUCGUGAAGCUUGUCUGUGACGGGUUCACCCCACAAACAGGCGAACCUUUGGACAUCGAGAUGCUGCAAACAUGCUCAGAGACUGGGUCAGUCGACAGUGUCCUGCUCAACAUGCCUGCAGCCCGCUCCAUCUCUUCGGCCAAGAAGUCACAUGGUCACCGACUGAGCAGCUCACAGAGACGAGGCUGGAGACUUUACGUUCGCUCGGUGUGGACGAGUGUCAACUACGGUUCCGAUGCCUGGGGUUCACAGGAGAUGGGCUUUUGGCCGGGCCAUUUGGCAGCGACAACGGUCUUUGCCUGGCACGUGCCCUUUACAAGCGUGUCAAGCCGCCGGCCCCGGAUGUCGAGCAGCCGCUGGCUUCCCUCAUAUUCCAAGUCGACGUCAGACGGCAACCUGCCCCUGCCAGCAGACUUCUGGUCGGCGUUGGACUCGAUGCACGCAGCAGACAAAAGUGGUGGCCAUGCAGACUAUGCAGAACAAGGCCGCGGAGGCUUCGUAUCGCAAUUCCACAGCGUCACCAGGAGUAUCAAGACAGGAUAUGGAUUCGGUAAGGGUCUCUCUGUGGCUCGCAGUGUCAGCAAGCGCUUUGGCAUAAGCUGGCGUUCGCCAAUGGCUCCAGCGUCAGAGUCAACCAGGCUUGUGGCGUUCGAGAGCAAGCGGAUACCGCCCAAUUUCUUCCACAACCUCCGCGUCAGUGUCGGAGCCGUGGCAGUGUCGAUUCAGUCUUUGCUGGAAAGGGCGAAGAACGCAUCACUGCGUCAGGGUCAUGAGGCCAGGGAGGACUGUGGCAUGAACCUGGCCGAGGUCAAGGCGUUGCGAAGAUUGGGGCGGGACAUUCUGUGUCCACAGAUGCUCCUCUUCGUCUCCCUGCGCUAUGACUCCAGAGUCACAGGAUUGCUUCGGUACCUCUACGUGUCCCAGAGCCGCCAAAUGUCUGGGCAUGCCAAGCUGGCUCUUGCGCUGCAGUGUCAUCAAAACAUGAGGCGUCAACUGGCAGCGGUUCAGGGUCUACGAGGGGCUUUGCAGUGUUGGAAAAACUUGGCCGAUGGGGUGGAUGGUUCAGCCUGCCCUCGACAGAGUCUGUGUGGACGAGAGGCCCGAGACGCUUUUGUGGAAGUGUUAGUUCAGGAAACUUCCCAGAGAUGGUUUCCCACCGCCACUGCUCUCUUCUUGGAGAUGCUGUUUCAGCGUCAGUGUCUGAAAUGCCCCCUGGGGCUCAAUGCCAAGGAGCCGCACCCUUUUGCAGAGCCCAGGCACAUGAGCUCUCGGCGUUCGGAGAGCAGUUCGCAGGCUCGCGCACGGGUUUUCUCGGAGCUGGACUCUGCCCUGAUUCGUUUUCGCAAAUGGCUUUGUGAUGAAAGGCAUUUCUUCUAUGUCCGGGUCAUACACUGGUCUGCCUCUGGCAUUCCUUCAGAGUUCUUGACAGCAAAAGGACUCGAGGGCCGGGACCGAAUCCCCAAAGAUAUCGCGGAAGAAGCAGAGUCAACGGACAAAACAGCCCUGCCCGACGUGUUCCUCGAGGAUGAAGAGGAAGUCGUUUCGAUGCCCAAUGCCACUGCCUCCUUGGGGUCAUUGCAAAAGCUUUCCAGCGUCAACGGCUCCACAGCACACUGUAUGGCACAGAUGAGCGGAAAUGCUGAGGCGGGCGUGGCAGAUUCGGAAUCAGAAGGAGAGGACGUGGCAGACGGAAGCACAGAAGAUGUAGAUUCAGUGUCAGCAAUGACACUGUCAGAGAUAAGCAGGAGUUCUUCCUUGACGUGUGCCUGGCCAACAACAGAGUGGAAGCUGACCUGCAUGCGACGAGCAAUCGUGGCUUAG